AUGCCCAGAUCACUGGCCCCCGCGCCAGCAGUCGACGAUGCCAUCGAACCGCCGGCGCUGGAGUUCUUCUUCAUCAAGACUGCACCGCAGCUAGCGGGAUUCUUCGGAAGCGCCUUCUUCCAGCAGAGCGUGCUUCAGCAAAGUCUCUCCGAACCAGCCAUCCGCCUGGCAAUCGCAGCCAUUGGUCUUUUGCACCAGCAAACAGCGACAGCUAGACAUGGCACACAGUCGAGGAAAUCCCUACCCAAUAUCCACAUCAAGCUAUACAACCGAUCCAUUCGCGCAGUCCUCGAUAAGAUUACCGCCAGCGAAAACGCAACUUCAUUCCUCGCAAUGACAAACGUACUCUUCAUCUGCCUUGAGAUCAUCCAGGGCGAUGCGAAAGCAGCCGCGGCCCAGAUCACCGGGGGAAUUAGACUAUUACAAGCCUGGCGCGAAAAGAAUGGGGCACCAAGCUCACCCUGGGGUCAAAAGUAUACCUCCUUCGAGGCGCGCUUUAUGGAAACAGAGGUUGCACCGUUACUGAGCUCGUUCAACACCAACGCGAUCGAGGGUGCGGGUGGACCCCCCAGUAAAUUCCUUUUGAAUCCGAUAGACGACAACGGCGCAUUACUCCUCGCCACUCGCUUCGAGACCCUCGCCGAGGCUCGCAUCGGACUCGUAGAUAUGAUCACCGACGCGACGUGCGUCUGUAACGGGCUAGAUGACGGUCCCAUCCAGAGACCGCUCGCUGACAUUGACGCCGUGGCAGUCUCUCACUCCGUGCGGCAAAAUCUCGAGCGAUGGCAACUUAAAGUGGAUGACCUAGUCCACAGACAGAAAUGUACCUGGGAUUCGAAAGAGCAGCAAAUUGCCGACGCUCUGAGCAUUGUCCGACUUUCUACGACAUUUGGUAUACGAGCGUACGAAGCCAAAUCCGAGUGUGAAUGGGAUAUGCAUCGAGCCGAGUACGAGGACUUGAUCCGUCUCGCUGACGCUCUUGUCUCGGAUCGAGUGCGUUUCCCGGAUGAACUGUCUCGCACAUUCAGUCUGGAUUUUGGCUUCAUAUUCCCUUUGCAUGCUGUAGCGUGGAAGUGCCGUUGGCCCAGGUUGCGCCGGCAGGGGUUGGACUUGUUGCUACGAACAACGAGGCGGGAAUGGCUUUUUGAGGCUCGGCAUUACCAUGCUAUUUUCUCCCGGAUUAUGGAAAUCGAAGAAGCGGGCUGUGGUCUGCUGCCAGGUGUACGGCCGGACGACGACUGGUUACCUCCGGAAGAUGUGCGGAUUUGCGACUUUCUGGUCGACUCGCGGCCCACGCCACGGGGUCAGAGUUCUAUCUACGACGUGACGUUCUUUAGUAGACCUCAAGGCGUUGAUGGGCCAUUGGCUUCAGUCACUGAACAGAUGCGAUUAGAGUCAUCGCAACCCGUGGAAGCUGCCGUGCCGAAGAAUAUGAUUGGGGGUAUAUUGAAGCGUAGCUUUACAGGUCACUGA